GGCAACGAAUAACGAAAAUUCAGUGAAAAAGCAGAGGCCGUAGUCGUGACAACCGCAAGAGUCGAAACCAUGGCGGCGGCGGCAGCUGAUGAGUCGUCAUCGUUUUGUUCAUCCUCUAUCUUCUCCCAGAAAAGCACCAGGCUUCCUGAUGACACCGUCUUCUACGCCAUUUUUCCCGACUUCGUACUCGACCCCACUACUCCCAACGACCUCUCCUCUCUACAAUCCCUCCACCUUCAAAUCAUUCAAUUUCUUUCCCCCUUCACCACCGAUUACAUCUGGCAGCAUGAGCCCUUCACCCUCACCCCCUCUUCAACCCCCAGGUCUUCUUGUGUCUGCUCCUCUGACCUCCCUCACCUCCACGGCAAGGUUCGUUUCGGCGACAACCUCGAGGACGAGUGGUUCACCGUCUUCCUUCUCUUCCAAAUCUGUCUUCACUUUCCCUCGCUCUCCAUCAGAGUCUGGGACACUGACGGCGAGUUCUUGCUCAUCGAAGCAGCAUUCCAUCUCCCUCGUUGGGUUAACCCAGACAAUAGCCUGAAUCGCGUCUUCCUUCGCCAAGGUGACCUUCAUAUAGUUCCGCGUAAUCGGCUUUCAAGCCCGAGUUUAGCUGAUUCGUUGAAAUUUUUGGUCGGCUGUGGAGUCGAAUCGAGGGCGUCAGAGUCGGUUCAGAGGGCGGUUAAAAAAAAGAUUUCAGAUUACCCGGAUAGAGCUAGGAGGAAUAUGCAUAGGGUUAGGGUCAGGGUUCCGGUUUCAGUCGCCCAAGUUUUGAAGCAGGAGCCUUGCAUGAUUUCGCUUGCUGUGGAGGGCUUUUAUGACAGGGAUAUUGAUACCAUGAAGUUUGCGGCGACCAUGGAGAAAUUCUUGGGCAGAGGGAAAGACGAAGAAUUGGUAUGUGUUUCUGUGAAGAUGUCUAGGGCAAUGUAUGCACAAUUAGUGCAGCAAACGUUUCAAGCGCCAAAAUGUUAUCCAAUGCCGAGCAGGAGCGACUUGUCAGUGUACAUGGAAGCAGAGUUGGGCAUGAAAAUAGCUUGUGGGCUUGAGAUGAUGUAUCAGCAGCGCAAGCGUGAUGGAGUAGAAGGGAGAGGGAGCACGUGGGAGGCAUUUAAACAGGCUUUGGAGAGGAGUGGUUAUUUCCAAGGGCUGCUACCAGGUUCCAAAGAGUAUCAGAGGUUAAUGCAAAAUGCUGAGGAGUAUUAUAGAAGCAGUUCUGUGUACUCCAGAGUCAGUGACUUGCUGAGUGCUCCUGUGAGACGCAUUGAUGAAAUCCUUGCUUUACCACAUUCAGUGGAUGAUUUUAAGGAUCAGGAGGUCCCUCCAUCUGAUGAUGAUUCAUGGCUCUAUGGUGGAGACGAAGAGUUGAACUCUGUUCUUCUUGAAAGACAAAAGGAGAUGGAACUUUAUGACCUAAAACAUAAGAAGAAAGGGAAGGGGAAAGAGCAGCAAGAGGAGGGUCUAUCAUCUGGUUCUAAUGCUAGAGAGUUUAAUCCUGCUGAUAUAACAAAUACUAUGCAGGCUUUUGUCCACAAAGUGUCAAGCUACAAAGGAGCUGAAGCUCCUGAAAGCAUGAAUAAGGAAGUGGACCUGGAUGUGGACCAAUUCAUUAAGGACAUGGAAUCAGUAAUGAAGCACCAAGGAGUUAAAGAUGAUGACAGUGAUGUUGAAGAGGGCUCCUCAUCUGAAGUGGACUUCGAUGAUUCUGAUGAGAGCGAUAUGGCUGAACCUGACAAUGAAGAUGGUGGAGAUACAUUCAUGCAGUCCUAUUCUGAUGCAAUGAGUGAAGAGCUGAAGGCAACCACUCUGGGAAGAAGUUUUGUUCGUGCUAAUGAACAAAUUCCCAAGAAGGAUGAGCAGGAAACAUCGAAUACCGUGGAAAAUAUGGAUGAAGAUUUUUCUCCAGUUGAUGUGGAUCUGAAUUUGGUAAAAAGCUUUCUGGAUUCCUUUUCUUCCCAACAAGGACUCCCAGGCCCUGCAUCGAAUUUACUUGGCCUCAUGGGGGUGCAGUUCCCACAAGAUGACAACAAGGGGAAAUGAAAUUACUUGAAUAAUUUAGUCCAAGAUUUUGGGGAUGCUUCAACAAUACAAUCUAGAUAGCAUGUUUCAUCAUCUUGUUUCUCAAGCUCUUACCAUGCAGGCAGGGAUCUGCUUGAUUGAUUCUAUA